GAUGUCACUAUUUUUCGAUAAGAAAGUAAAUUUUAUAGUAUUGACCAUUGACUAGUAUGUGAAAUACUUUAGAAAUGGGAUGUAAUUAUUAACCAUUUCAAAAUGUUGGUUUUAAAAGCUUGUACAGUAUGUCUAAGUACUGAUGUUAAAUUGUGUAAUAUGGAUAAUGGGCAGCUACGACAUGAAUACAACAUAGUGUCUGGAUUAAAAACACACAUGGGUAAUGGCCUGCCUGGAUAUCUUUGCGUUGAAUGCUUGGCGUAUGUAAGACGUUUCAAACAGUUUAGAGAUAAAUGCCAAAGAGCUCAUUACGCUUUAAAACAAAUUCUGGAUAAACAGAAACAGGUAAGAAGGAUCAAAUAUUUACAGCGACAUUGAUUUUUGUAUCUGCUGACAAUGUUUUUGAUAAAUUAUUAUAGUUUGUGUGCUGUAUAAAUUAUAAGUAGGAUGUGUUUAUUGUGAAAAUGCAUGGUAUUACCUAAAAAAAAAUAUGGAAGCAUUGAACUAAUCCAUAAUUCUUUUCAUUAGGAUAAACACAGAAUAAUGUGAAUUGUAAGUCAAAAAAUAAAGUUGUAAUUAUUAAAAUUAACAAAUGAAUUUAAAUACAACAGACAAAAAUUUAAGGAAAUUAAUAUAAUAACUUUGGUCUCUCAAUACAUCUAUGAAAAUGUAAUUUAUAUACACAAAAAUAAAGGUAGUUAUACAAUAAUAAGUGAUAUUCAUUCUGUAAAUACUCGGAACAGACACAAGUUAGUAGUACCAGUUACUCAACUCCACCCAGUCAGUAAUUCAUUCUUGGGAUGAUGUAUAUGUAUACGCUUUUACAAAAAAAUCCUAGAAAAUACAAAAAAAAUUUAACCUGCUCAAAGUUCAAAAACUUUAUUGAAGAAAGUUUGUAUAAAAAGGGUUAUUAUAAUAUUAAGGAAUUUAUGGAUUAUAAUAACCCCUGGGAAUGAGGUGAUCUCUACCAAGCUAUUUUGUUAUUUAAAAAAGAAGUCCCAGUUCCUAGGACAGAGGUUUUUUUUCGAACCAGUGUUAAUUAAACAAAAGAGUGACUUUCAAUAAGUAUUAUGUAGCAUAUGUUUAGUACGAGGGUGACACUGAAAGUUCUUAGCAAAUCAAAAACCGAACAAGCUAGCAAGUUAUUAGUUUUAUUAUAUCUUUUUAAAUCUCUUUUCCUUCAUAAACGAGGAUAAAUGUAGAUGUCUGGGCCACAGCAACCACUUACCAUGUGUACAGGUGGACUGUGUGCUCGUUUGUCACCCUAUCCUAUAAAAAAAAAUAGUGUCCAUUUACAUCAAUACAUCGCUGCAUCUGAUGGAACCACUGAGAAAAGCACUUUGCCCAUGAAAAGCUGCCACUGCUUCCUCAACGUCCAUAAAACAUUUUCCUCAAAGUUUUUCUUUUAUUUUUGGGAAAUAAAUAAAAGCUGCAAGGUGCGAGGUCGGGGCUAUAGGGCGGGUGACUCAGUAAUUCCACAUCUGACGUCGCCAAGUAGUCGAUUGUUUGCUUGGCGGUGUGCAACGAGGCAUUGUCAUGGUGAAGGAGGAUCCUACUGUGAGGUCGUUUCGCCCAAACUUUUUCCAAGACAAGUGGCAAACAAUUGUUAGUGUACCACUCUGCAGUAACCGUUAUUCCAUCCUCUAAAAUAAUUGUUGCGUAAUGACUUGUCCUUCCGAAGAAUGAGGCCACCAUUUAAACCUCUCUUCACUUUAGUUGGCAACUCGGAAGGAAACAUCCAGACAGCAGACUGUCUCUUAGUUUCAGGAUUAUAACAAUAAAGGCAGCUUGCGUCACCCGUAAGUAUGUCGAACACAGCAUUUGAGUCAGCUCUGUUAAAUCUUUGAACCAUUUCACAACACCAAUUAACAUGACGGAGUUUUUGGGCCUCGGUCAAAUUAUGAGGUAUCCACCGGGCUUAAAGUUUCCUGACCGCUAAAUGUUCAUGGAGGUUUUUUUGCACUUGACUCAUACCGAUGCCUAAGCUUGUCCUAAUCUGCUGAUACGUUACUCUUUUGUCAGUCUCUAUCAUACGCCGCACAACACUGCUGUUAUCUUCAGUCGUCACUGUACAAGGCCGUCCGUCACGCAGAUCAUCGGUGAGAUUAGUGAUGUUUAAACUCAUUAAACCAGUUGUAAACAGUGGCACGAGAUAGGGCUUCAACGUGAAAGGCCAAUUGAAGUCUAUCAUAACUUUCUUGUUGACUUAAAUGACAUCGAAAGUCAUAAAAAGUCAUUGUACGAAAAUUUUCUCGCAUUAAAUUCAUGCUGACGUGACACAGACAAUUUUCAAUUUGCUGUCAAAUUGUAAACAAAUGACAAGUUAAUAAAAUACAUACAGAAUAAUAUUGGCAAAGAGCCUAUUUUCAAAAUUUGAACUUAUUUUUUUAUUAUACGUUUACAUGUGGCCAGUUCUAAAAACUUUCAGUGUCGCCCUUGUAGUGUGGUUUAUACUUCAGGGGUGGUCCAAUAUAAACUGUGAGAGAAAAUUCAACCCAUAAGGGUAGUUAAAGAGUUGGUUAUGUGUAUAAUGUAAUUAUUUAUAACAUUUUAGUUGUUACUUUGAGCUUGUGAUUUUCCUUAGUCCACACAAAAUGUUCAAAAAAUUUAUCAUUUAAUGAAACUAAAAGGAUCUUUUAAUUAGUCGAUAAUGUAAUAAAGUAGCUGUUCCUCGUGACUUCGCUCGCGUAUAAUUUAGGUUUUUAAUAUUUUAUUUCCAUGGAACCCUAAUUAUUUUCCUAAUUAAAAUUAGCCUAAGUUAUAAUAUCAGCUGUUUGCCAGUGUUUGCCAUCAAAAUCGGUCCAGCCGUUUCGGAGAUUAUCCAAAACAAACAGAUAGACAGACAGACAGUGUUUUUUUAUAAGCACUAUAUGUAUAUAUACUUUCAUAUGCAUUUAGUGAAAAGCUGUUAUUCUGACAUUACAAACAGACGCUCCAAUUUUAUUUAUAUGUGUAGAUUAUGUGACAAACAAUACUCUAAUACUCUAAUUGAAUACAUACAUGAGUAUUGAUGUGGAGGCUUUUACAUUUUUUUUAAAUUAAUUUUUAACAUGAGAGUUGUCCACCACUCUGUUUAUUUUUGUUUAUGAUAAAAGCAAACAUGUGAUACAAAACCACUAAACUUAAAUUAUUUAAUGAAGCAAUUUAUUUCAGAUUACAAAAGCUGCUCUCAAAGUAAUUGAUCGUAAACUUAUUAAUAUUUUGCCCUCACUGUCAUAUGUAGAUAAUAGUAGAACAUAUUAUGAACAAGUUAAAUUCCAGUGGGUAAAGCAUAGUCGCUGUAGUGAUGUUAGAGGUGAAAUACCUAUUGUGCAUCACAAUACAACGGAUAAAAUUGAAAUUGCUGUGCCUAAUAAAAAAACUAAACUUAAUAAUGGCAACAUUUUAUUAAAAAUUGAAGAAAAAGAUACAGAAACAGAUAGAGACUUCAAAUUAGAUUUACCUGAUAUAGAUGGUGAUCACAAGGAAUCUGAAUGCUUUGAUGAGUCAGUCCCUCUUGUUGAUGAAACUGAAAUAUCUAAUGAAACAAACAUAUUUCAAGAGUUUUUCAUCAGCAAUGAUCAUGACUAUGAUAGUUAUGUUUACCCACAAUGCAAAGACGAAAAUGAUGCCUUAAAAAAAGAUGACCAAGACAUUGAUGGUUGUAAUUUAGAUGAAGAGUAUGCCAGCAUAGUUCCAAUAUCUAUGAAGGAAGCAAAAGCUGCAGUGGAAGUGUACAAAAUGUUUAGUCAUGGCAAAUAUUCCUGUGAUGUAUGUACCAAACCUUUCUUCAGUGAAAAUCGUUUGAAAAACCAUAAAAGAAUGCAUGAUAAGGUUUGUACUAUUAAUUUAGUUUUUGACAGUAAAAUCUUUAAAAACAUUUAAGUGGUAAUUAAUAAAGAUAAUAUUUGAAGAAAUAAUUUAAUAGAUUCUGUUC